CCCGGGUCCGGGUCUGUCGUACAAGUUUUAACCUCGACCACAUUAGUGUAAAUACAUGACCACACGGCUAUUCGGUACGACGCGAACCGUUUUCAGCAAGAUGUUACAGUUCCCGGCAGCUGAAAGAAACAAGGUUCCUAUCGUUGAGGUUCUGCAGCAGGUCCUGUCCAAGGAGACGGAGGGACUUGCCCUGGAGGUAGCCUCGGGGAGUGGAGCCCAUGUCGCCCACAUUGCUCAACAAAUCCCUCGUCUCGCAUGGCAGCCGAGUGAAAUUGAGGACAGAAAUUUAAAAAGUAUUUCUGCGUUUAUACAACAUGCCGAGUUGUCCAAUGUGAAUGAGCCCGUACUGCUAGACGUCACGACGGACCCCGGGGCGUGGGCAGGUGGCUUAGGGGAGGGGUCACUAACAGUCAUACUCAACGCCAACAUGAUCCACAUUUCACCCUGGGACACAGCUGUGGGUCUGUUUGCUGGAGCCAAUUACCUUCUAAAACCCGGGGGAUACAUGUUUCUGUACGGACCAUUUGCAAUACAUGGAAGCUUGACUCCAGAUAGCAAUGUUAAAUUUGACCAGUAUCUAAAAUCACAGGACUGUAGAUGGGGAGUGAGAGAUAUAGACGAUGUAGAGAAGUUGGCUAAGACCAACCGACUCAGGAUGCAACAAAUGGUGGAUAUGCCAGCCAACAAUAAAAUGUUGAUAUUCCUAAAGGAAGGCUGAUGCUGUGUGUGAGACAUUACAUAAUAAUGUAACGAUGAUUUGUUAAGUCCUGUGGUAAUUAAUUAACUCCAGACAAAUUGGAUAACGACGAAAAAUGAUUGCUGUUCCACUGAAUGUUGUUGAAUGACACGUGUACAUUUCCCUGUGGAGUACACCGGGUAGUUCAAACUUAACCACUCGAAUUGGAGACCUGACUCUGGCGAUGUUUUUUUCUGUUGAUUGUUGGAUUCAUUUAGUAAUUGCCAAAGAGACCUAAGAUGCGGGCUAGUUUCUACUUCCAAUUAUUUAGGAAUCAGAAUUUUGGUCAAUAACAUAAAAAGCGUUACACUAGCCUGAAUUAUGAUCUAUAUACUGUGGCGACUUUUGCGAAAUCCAGCAGAGAGUGCCACACCUUACACUCCGUUAGAAGACGUUUAGAGGACAGUGUGAGAAACGUCGAGUAGGUGGGAAUUAUUGAGGAUUGGUUUGUUGUUUUAAGGAAGGUUUCUGGACACUGUUUAUAUAUAAGCCCUGCCCUGCGGGUGUUCACAGUAGUCAUUUGUCUGUCACCAAUUUCAAUGCCUUUAUCUAGCACACUUUCAGUAAUUGGUGCGAACCUAAACAGAAUUGGGAAAAAAGGUCUUUAUCAUCAUUACUGUUUCGUUGUAAAAUUUGACAAAAUAGAGACAAAAUCAAACAAGUUUUCAUGGACUAUUCAGAAAAUUUCAUACAAUAUAUACUAUUUAUGUUGGUUAUCUGAGUGUCGAUGAUCGGCAUUACCAGCAAGGUGGAAACUUGUUGUGUAGGUGACCGUUUUACUGAUCAAACUCUUACUCAAGUAAAGGUUUACAUGUACCUUUAUAGACAGUUGGCUACCAUACAGUGGAUAGCACUGAUUAUCAUCGUAUAUAGUUACACAUGCUUGUCGGAGAUAAAAUAUAGUUGAAAUUCAGACUUCGACAUUGCAGGUCUAUGAUUUGAGAAGUAUAAUCCGGACACUAGACUUGAACAGCGUAUCAGUCUGUUCCUCGUUACUUUAUCAGUAUCGUCUAAUAAACUCGUGUGUUAUGUAAGUUGUUCAUAUUUUUAAUUUACUAAUACAAUUUAUUUAAAAGGUAA